AUGGGUCCGCUAUCCAUCGUGUUAUUACAAAUGACGACAAAGCAGCCGUUGCUCAGCAUUUUGGAGAAACUGAUAGCCGAGCCCACAAGAGAGCCCCAGAGGGCAGAGGGCGUACCUAAUCCUCUAGACUACGAGGCAGGUGGCAGUGUUGAUCAGGGCAAUGCAGCAGGAUACUCAAUAGAGUCCGGUGCAGAAGAUUAUGUACCCCAAUUUGAGAACAGCAACACACAGUAUCGCGAUGAACCUGGAACCGGUCAGAAUCCCGAUGGAACCUGGCAAGAGUUCGACAAUGCGCAGCCUGAGGAGCAUGUCGAUCCACAGCAGCUACGCGAGCAAAGAUACUUUACCUUUGAGUACGAGGCAGAAGAAGACUACACCGCCGGUCCUGUCAGGCUUGUAGCAGCUCAUGAUGGUGUACAAGACUGCAUUGCCCUGCUAAUGAAAUUGGGCCUCUCGGCGAAGAUCCAGCGAGCUGUGCAAACACGUCGAAGUUGCGUCCGGGAGCAGGAGUAUGUCGAGACGCAUGACGAAGAGGCCGAGAGGUUCCGAAGCUCGAUCGAUGAAGAAAUUGACAACUAUAAUGUUCGUGUAGCUGAAGCGGACGAGAAACAGCGGGAAGACCCGAGUCCUGAGAAUGAAGAGGAACUUCGGUCCUUGCAGACCAAGCUGGAUGUCCUGAAGCACAUGAUGGCGAAUGUGGAGUCCAAGCAGCGGCAGGCUGAGCGAGGGCUCGAAAACAAGCAGCGGCUCUUCCACAAUGCGCUUGAAGACAUCCUUCCAGAACUUGAGGAAGCAUUCACCUGGGGACAGCUCGUUCCAUUUCAGGAUGAAGAGGCUUCACGGGCCGUCGAACACUUUGACUUUCAGCAGGCGUACGAGGCUGCCUGGAAAGAGAUGCAGGGACUGCAAGAUGACGAUACUGGCGACACCCAUCAGCAAAUGCCAGAGCCGUUGGAGACUGGUGAUGACUUCCUGAAGCCACAGCUGCCCGCUCUUACACCUGAACAACAAGCCCAACGUGAAAUUGGCCAACAGCUGUGGGACUCGAGAGAUAGAUUUACCGCCGCACAACGUCGCUUUGACCAUAGAGAUAUGGAGCGCGAGUAUGAUCGAGCCAACAUUGCCGGGCCCCACCUGGAAGCUAAUCAGGCCGCUUAUGCCACAACAGACGAAUUCGAUCUUGUCUGGGCGAAACGUUACCAAGAGAUAACGCAAGAGCUCAGAGAAGCAGAAGAUGCUUUCAACGCCGCCAAAGAGACCGCAGUGCGAGCCGGCGUUCUCCAGUAUGGAAUGACUUCGAGUCUCGCCGAUGAGCCUGAUUACGACGCAUAUCCGUUAAGUGCGGAGAACGACGACCCUGCGAUAGCAGCGGCACAAUCGAGUUCAAGAAUACUUGACUGGAGGGCAAAACUUCGACCAGAAGGCGGACCAGACAAGAUGAAAUUCCCGGUUGACUUCGAGAGGUGGGAUGAUGAAGAUAUCGAACCGAAUGACAGCGUCAGUUGCGUUGCGUUUGAGCCGUAUCGUGGGUAUAUUGAUGGUUAUGGGCGGCAGCUGGCCUGUCUUCGCCAGGGUGGUAGCUAG